AUGGUCGUCGGUGACGAUUCCGAUGCCGACGUCGACGUCGACUCUCUGUUCGGCUCCGAUGCCAGCCACGACGAGCUCGUUAGCGAUGUUCGUGCUGGGCAACCGCCAUUUGACGAGAUUCCCGUAGCAUCGCGGUCAGUGGUCGACAUACCCGGAAUGUAUAUGUUUUCCGACUUGCUGGCUCGCGAGCUCCACGACUGGGUCCUGCAACAGGUGUCAGCCUGCGGCUAUUUUCAUCUCGAUGACAAUGUCAAGAGCGAGGAGGCCAACGAGGCAGGGCAGGAGAAGGCGUAUCGCAGGUCUCCGCGGAAUCAGGCCAUGCUCUUUGCACGAUCGCUCGCGUCCUCGCCUUCUGCGAUUCGCGCGCCACGACGGAUUGGUGACCCGUCGUCUCCGGAGGAAGCGCCUGGCGACUGCGCAGGACUGCCAGCUUGGGCUGUCGAACUCAUCUUGAAGCUUCGGACUGUCCUCGAGCUACAGCCCGAAGAAGACCUUCCCCGACGUGUCAAGGAGAUGCUUUUUCCUGACGACCAAGUGCGCUCGCGCCAGCUCAUCCUCAACCUCUACAAUGGCGCAGAGGGCCUCGCCUCGCACGUUGAUCUGGUCAAUCGAUUUGCCGACGGCAUUCUGCUGUGCUCCUUCGGUCCCCACGGGACUGGCACCGUCAUGGACUUUUCCCACAAGUUACACCCUUCCCAGCAUCUCUUCCUGCCUUCAGGUUCGGUUCUGGUACUGUCUGGUGAGGCUCGCUACGGCUGGGAACAUGGUAUCACUGCUCGCGGGUACGACGUCGUACGCACAGCUGAAGACCCCCAAAGGACUGAAGUGCUGAGGCGAUCGAUCCGGCUCAGCAUCACCAUCCGAACCAUGCUUCCUGGUGCCGAUAUUGUUGGAGAAUGA